AUGUUUUUAUCGUUAUUCUCGAGGGCAUCUUAUGCUUUAGAGGCCUGGAAAACAGGAAAAUACUCAUAUAAAAUCUACGAUCUUGAUGAGUAUGAUGAAAACUUAACAUUAAGCAAGAAAAUUCAUACAAAAAUUGCAUUUAAAGAUGUUGAUGAGUCCAAUCAAGGUGAUGUUGUAGAUAUCUCUGAAGUAGACGGAUUGGACUACUCAUUUAAUAUAAUUAACGAUAAGGAUGGAAAAUACAUAAUCGUUCAACAAACCUUAACAAAUAAUAGAAAAGAGCGUGCCAGAUUUGAUCUAUGUACUGCAAUAGAAUUCAAUUUUAAUGAGGAUGGUUUCUCAGUAACAGAGUCUUAUAUGCCAAAUUUCGGAUUUUACCUUUGGGUUCCAGGAUUUGGAGCUUAUACAUGGGUACAAGAAAACCAUCCAUGGGUGACUGCUAGACAUGAAAAAGAUUUUGGAGAAGAUUCAACCCCUCUUUAUUUUACAACCAGAAAGAAUUUGGAUCCCAAUUUUGAUGAAGCUAUGACAUGGAUGGCGACAUCUUGGACAAACAAUCAUAUGCAACCAGGUGAUUCUGUUACAUUCUCUUACAUGAUUGCAAAAGAAUCUUAUGAUCCACCAUUCCUUAAACUUGAUAAAACAUUGAUUAAGAAAGAAUACGAAGACAAUGAAAAGAUCCAUUUGAAGGGAAGCAUGUGGACAAACUUGCAUGAUUAUAGAGUUCAAGGCAAAUACGAAAUAACAAACAAGCAAACAAAAGAAGUUCUUACAGAAGAAAUUAUUGAUUUUAUAUCUGAUAAGAAUGGAGCUAUGUCAAAGGAUUACGACGUAGAAGUCGGUCCAUUGGCAAUUGGCGAAUAUACAUUAAGAGUUACAAGCUACAUCUUCAAGCUCAACGAUUAUUUGUGGGAAGAAGUGGAUUUCAGUGUCAUUAAAUCCAAUCAGAAACCAAAAAUUAAUAUAGGUGACAAAGGAUAUACAUAUUAUUUGCCAAACAGUGAUGUAUCUUUCACAGCAGCAAUCUCUGAUGCCGAUGCAGGAGAUAAAAAAAUUGAUGUCAAAGUUUAUCUCAAGAACGAAAUGGUCAUUGACAAGAAAGUUCCAAAUUCAUUAGACCAGCAAAAGUUCACCUUCAAGAUACCUAAAAAUACAGAACCAGGAACAUAUGAUGUAAGAAUCACAGCAAAUGAUGGUAAACUCACAACUGAUGAAUCUUUCAAGAUUGUUGUAAAGUUAAACUCAAAACUUUCUAUUGAAAUUGAAAUUGAUAAACAAGAGAGUUACAAGAAAGGAGAAAAAAUCACAUUCAAUGCUUUUAUUACUGAUAGUGACACAAACUUUGAUUCUGAAUUCGAAAUCAAAGUAUUUUAUGGAGAUAAAUUGUACACUUCUACAAAGAAGAAGAAUGACAAUCCACAAGGAAUUAGAGUUCCAUUUGAGAUUACUGUACCAGAGGAUGAAACUCAGUCACCAGUUAGGGUUCGUGUCCAAGUUACUUCAUUAAAUGAAAAUGAUGAAAGUGGAUUUUCAUUUAAUGUAUUCGAUGAUGCAGGAAAUUACGACAAAAUUACUGAUCAUAAGAAUGAAAAACCAAAAUCUAAGUUAGAAAAACAAAAGACUGCACUUAUAGCAGUAUUAUGUGUACUCAUUGUUGCAGUAGUAUGCGUUUCGAUAUUUAUCGUUUAUCUUUUAGUAAAGAAAUAA